AUGGCCCGCCACAUAGUCCCCAUCCCCGCUGCUAACGACGACGGCCCGGCGGUAGUGGUUGAAGUGAGGCAGAAACCCGACUCGCACCCGCUGGACGUCGAGCUAAUAGGCUGCGAAGGGGAGAAUCCUUAUGUUGCAACGAUCCAGCAACGUGAUAUCGGGAAAUUGAAGAGGAAUUUCAAGGGCAGCGAUGAGGAGUGGAAAGGGCUCUUGUCUCAUUUCCUGCUACAAAAACAGCCUGAAGGCGGCAACUCAAAGAUAUUAGACGGUGUACGGAUGGUCAGUUCUCUAAAGGCAGAAGAUAGACUUGAGAUUAUCUUUCGCCAGGAUGUGCAGGGCAUCAAGGUCACACUUGGAGAAAUAGUGCUGCCAUAUGAUGAGGAAACUGAACUGAACCCUUUCGAAUGGGCCCAGGUUUCUGCCCAGGCACAUGCUUUGGCGCUGAAUCAGAUAGUUGAGCUGAAGAGCCAGCUAAGCAGCAAGCAAGAGGUCGUUGACAAGCUCAAUUUCCAGCUUGAGGACUUCCUCAAAACUAAGAAUGAGGGCGAAACGGCCAUGCUUCAGCAGUUCAUGCAGCUGUUGAACGAGAAGAAACGGAAGAUACGGGACCAGCAACGACUGUUGGCGGGGGCUAAAGUUGACAAGUCUAGCGCAUCCAGCGUGCAGGCUGCGAGAGAGGAGACCAAACCGCGGAAAGCUGGCCCAUCGCGGGCAUCGAAACGUAAAGCGCCUACAAUAGCAGCACCAGCGGAGCCGGAGCCGGAGCCGGAGAGCGAAGUUAUGGAAGUCGACGAGGUGAAGGCAGAAGACGACGAGGAAGAGAACGAAGAUAUCCCUGGAGCCAACACGCCCGAUCGAACGACAGACGAAGAGACGGAUGACGAAGGCAAUAGCGUUGAAGGGAGCCUAGCAUCAUCCGUGCCGCAGUCGGAGUUGAGGGAACGGACAGCUGUGCCGGGGCGUACAAACAGAACAUUCUCCCAAGCUUCAAAGAAGACAUCUGCUGCAGCCGAUCCACCAAGUCGUCGCGAGUUGCCCUUCGGUAGACCAACGGCUCGGACCAAACCUGCAAGCAAGCAACCGUCGCCGCCGGCAGUGGAAGACGACGAUGAUGAAACGGAAGAUGAGGAGCUAUGA